UUAAUUGCACUUUGCCUUGUUCAAUUCGUCUGAUUUUCCAUAAAUCAAACUGAACUAUACAUUCAACAGCACAAUGCUUUUAAAAGUGAAGAUUAUAGUGAUUUUCGCAUUUUUUCCAUAUCUCAGAGCGCAAGUUUUAAAAUGCAUUUACGGUGACCGUGUCGUGUGUGUAAGUGAUGGAUUCACAUAUUUUAAUUUAUGUGACUUAGAAAUUGUUAGGACUGUCCAUCCAAAUUUACAUAUCAGACAUAAUGGACCUUGUAAUGAAGUCAAGACGCUGGACAGAAAAAUUAAGAUUAUUUCAGCUCGUGAUGACGUCGCUCCACUGCGCCGGAACAGAAAUUCAAAAAAACCACACCACCACCACACUGCUCGUGACGAUUUUCUAUUUAAUAAUAUAAUGUCGCAGAUGUCCCAGAUAACAAAAUUGAAUGCUUUCCAAAUGACUGAUAAUGCUGUAAGCACACAGGGUGAAAAUAAUAUAUUUGAGAUUGAUUUCGGAUCAAACGAUUCAAGCCUUCGCAGAAGAAUGGCACGUAAAUUCAAACAGAGGAAAUCGAAAAUCGUUUAA